UUUAGUGUCACACAGGAAGCACCAAGGCCAGCGCUGGGUCUUGCUCUGCAGCCACAUCAGACUCGGAUCCUGGUGACGCCCAUACGUCUUGAUAGAUGAGACCCUGAGAAAAUAGUUUGAAGGUUUUCAUAAGACCUUUGUCUACUGCCUCCUGCCAUAGUGUUUCUUCUCCAGACAUUCUGGUCAAGGUGUGAGGUCUCCAAGUUGGGACAAUUUACAGUGUGGCCACCUAGUCUGCUCUGGUGACAUCAUAGCUUGCCAUGAAGAUUUUUCUCAUCCUCACUCUCUUGGGUGCAGCAGAAGUCACUUUAGGAGAAUAUCAAGACUCAGAUGAAAACUUACCAGAUGAUUUUAACAUUCCUUACAUGGCCUAUUUGCAAUCCAAGCCAGAACCUUGUGUGGGGACUCUCAUUGACCAUCAGUGGGUACUCACUGCCGCUCAUUGUUCCUUACCAGCUAAAAUCCGACUGGGAGUUCAUCAACCCACCAUCAAAAAUGAGAGAGAGCAGACAUAUACUUACUCACUGACUGUAGUCCAUCCUAAUUUUGACGCAAAUUUGCGGAAAAAUGACCUGAUGCUGAUAAAACUCUCUUAUCCUGCUGCUAUCAAUAUGCAUGUGGGAACCAUAGCCAUAGCUAUGGAAGCCAUGACAUUUAAUGAAACCUGCUUUAUACCAACAUGGACCUGGAACAGCUACAAUAACGUCAGCGAUCCUGACGUCCUGACAUGGACAAAUCAGUAUUUGCUUUCCCCACACGACUGCUGGAACACUCUCCAAAAACAGAAACAGGAAACAAGGAUGAACAUCAUGUGCAUAGGACGUUCACUUAAUGUCAUAACUUCAAUUAAGGAGGUCUCUGCUGCUCCAGCCAUCUGCAACGGGAGGCUUCAUGGGAUAUUGUCCUGGGGGAAAGCAGGCAUAACCAAGGGGAGUCUAGGCUUCUUCACUGAAAUUCACCCUUAUGCCAGAUGGAUCUUGAAAAUGAUGCAUUCCCACUGAGAAGCAGUACCACUCAGUGCAAAAACAAUGCAGUCUCUGCAAUGAAUUAACAGUUCUUCAAAAUCCAAAACACCCAAUAAAAUGACCCCAGAAAUUUA